AUGGCCGAGGGGCAGGGCGCGGUGGCGGGGGGCGACCCCCCGGACAAGGUGAAGCGGCCCAUGAAUGCCUUCAUGGUGUGGUCCAGUGGGCAGCGCCGGCGCCUGGCGCAGGAGCACCCCAAGAUGCACAACUCGGAGAUCUCCAAGCGCCUGGGGGCCGCCUGGCGCCGCCUGCCCGAGGCCGAGAAACACCCCUUCGUGGAGGAAGCCAAGCGGCUCCGGGCCCGGCACAUGCGGGACUAUCCUGACUACAAGUACCGACCCCGGCGCAAGGGCCGGGCCCCCGCCAAGGAGCUGCCGCCGGGGGGCCGUCCGCCCCCCCAGCUGCCCGCUGCCCAGGCCUGGGGCUACGGCGAGCCCCUGGGCUACCAGCCGGCCCGCUACCCGCCGUGUCCGGCUGCCGCGGGAUACGGGAAUGCAGCCGGAGGGUACAGCAGCCUGUCCUACGGCCCCCCGGCUCCGAUGCCCUACAAGCAAGACCCCGCCCCCCACCCGCCGGGGGUGCUGCCGCCCGACUUCCGCGACAUGAUGGCCGCCUACGGGCUGCAGGCCUGUGACGUGGGCGAGGGCUUCCCGCCGCUGCCCUACGAGCCCCCCGGGCCGGCGCCGCUGACGCCCCUCUAG